CACGUAGGGGCACGUGGUGCAGGCGAAGCGGUGGCAGCGCGGCCCCUCCUCGGCCACCAGGACGUUCCCGCAGGCCGGGCAGAAGAGCAGCAUCGCCCCCGCCCCCCCCAAUGGAGAUGGAGGAGGAGGAGGAGGAGGACGAGCAGGAGAAGAUGGCCCACGCCGAGGUGCUGGAGCUCUGGCAGGCCGGCCUGGCGCGCCUCGUCCGGGACCCGCUGCUCUGCCAGGAGCGGGAGGGGGGCAUCCAGCACAUCAGCUGGAAAUACGUCUGGCGGACCUACAGCUUGUCCUUCUUUGGAGAGAAGUUGGACGACGACCAGAAAAAGCUGAGAGAGUGCGGGAUCCGGAAUCGAGAUGAAGUCACUUUUGUAAAGAAACUCCGGAAAUGAGCCGCCAGGGAUGGUCACCGUGGUCAAGCGACCGCGUCUGCAAGCUGCAUCUUGUGUCUUUGGAGGAAGGGAGGCCACCUUUUGAACAGCACAGCUCUUCAAGCCGGGGACGGAGGGGGAGGCGGCAGCAUCAUGUCUGCCGCGGGACCUUUUUUUGGACUUGUGCUGGGUGAGCACGUGGGCGGGGGGGAGCCCGGGGGGGGAGCCCAAGGGCCUGCCCUGGUGCCGCACCUUCUUUGUCAAGACUUACAAGGGUUGGUGCAUUAGGUAAUGCAGGCUCAGCUGGGGAGCUGGAUCUUUGUAGCAACAGGCGACCGCCACCACCCAGCCAUCUCGCAAUUCUUAGAUUUAUAAUAAUAAUAAUAAAAAUCCGACCUGACAA